UGAUUGCUGCUAAUCAAUUUAAAAAUUAUUGUUUGUGAAUAAUCGUUUCUUUGAGUUUAAUCUCUAUUUACACUCAUUUUUUAUUAUUUAUACCUAUAAACACAACAAUUCAUGAAAUUCAAUUAAUGAAGUACUGAAUUUACGACAUAGGUUACCUACUUAAUGCUGUACAUAGUAUAAAAAUUAUACAAAAUGUCUGGAAGUGAUGAAGAUAUGAGUGCGAUCUCAAAUAUUUUAAGUGCGCCUGAGAUAUCUUACUCGCCCCCAUCUCAAAUGGUACCGCAGCUCACCAUGCCAUCGACAAAUAAGGACGUGUCUUUGCACGUGGAGCCGAAUCUACGGAUUAUUAACGAGCCACAAAAUGCAAGGUUUCGAUACAGAACCGAGAGAGAGACAAGCACUCACGGCAGUCUACGUGGAGUUAAGCCUGGACGAAAUGGUGGCAAGUCAUACCCCACCGUUGAGUUAAGAAAUUACACGAACAAGGCAAGUAUAAAGUGUACUCUGGUGCAAAAGGAUAAUACGUCAGAGCACCCACAUAGCUUGCACAACGAGGAACAAGUGAAUGAGGAUGAGCCAGGUUCCACUGUCGUACCUGUUGAUGGUCACUACACGGUGGGUUUUGCGGGCUUGGGUGUCAUACAUCGUCCUAAAAAGGAUAUAUCCAUGUGGCUAUAUACAAGAUUUCAAGAAAACGGCAACGAUAAUGUUACGGACAACGCGCUCUUGGAGCGAUGCAGAGAGAUGGCGAGAAACAUCGACUUGAAUGUCGUAAGGUUAAAAUUUAGCGCUCACAAUUAUUAUACGGAUGAACCAAUUUGCUCGCCAGUAUACUCGCGACCAAUACUCAACUUGAAAAGCGUCGCCACAAACCAGUUAGUAAUACAGUACCACAUGCCUAUCUCAAGUAGUGCCAGAGGAGGUGAGGAUAUGGUUUUCCUCACAUCAAGAAUUAGUAAAAGUAAUAUAAUGGUUCGGAUGUACGAGUUGGACGAAAAUGAAGAUGAGAUUUGGAGCACUAAUGUCCACAUUUUGCCCUCACACGUACAUCGCCAAACGGCCAUUGUAUUCAACAUUCCGCCAUACAAAGAUCAGAACAUAUCUGGGGAAGUGAAAGUAUACAUGCAAUUGCUACGUCCGAAUGACGGUGCUGUGAGCGAGCCGCGCCAGUUCUUUUAUCGCCCUGAUCUCUACGCUGCCUACCGCAAAAGAACCAAGCUUAAUAAUUUUGGAUUUUACUCAAAAUUAUCUUGUUACGACGAUUCGGUUCCAAGUACUAGAGGCGGACGUAAAUCCAGAAAUGGUCUAGGAAGAAUAGAAAGCUUACACAACAUCCCUGUUCAAAAAUCGUCUCUAUGGGGUGGUACUAGUACUACUGAUAUUUCAACAUCUGUAACAAGUGCAGUCAACAUUUCGGGAAACUCCCAGAAUAACGUCAGUGCAACGCAAUCAGGAAAUUCUCAAAUUAGCGUCUUUCCUCAGCAAAAUCCAAUUAAUGAUUACUCUGACAACAUAGGGCAAAUGAUUCUAGGAAGUGAAUUAACGACUUGGACUGCCACAGCAGGAGCAAGCAAGCAAGCAAAUAUGCUUCAAAAUAACAUGUUGCAAGAUGCUCAAGGUAGCCAAUUCGGUGACCUCACUACACAUAGUGAGUCUCAAGGCUUGCUGCAAUGUAGAAGAACGGACCCACUUCUUGGUUCUGCUGGAUUUGAUGUCAACUGGCAGGCCUCGGCAAAAACAUACCCAAUAUGCAAUUCUUUUUCACAAAUUGUGCAAGUGAAUCAAGCUUCACAGGCUACAUCUACAAUUUUCGACUAUACUUGUGUUUCCUCAGAGUUGACCACUAAUUGCCAAGCAUCACAGACAGCUGAACCGAGUGGUGGAUACAAUGCAACUGCGUUCAAUGCUAAUUCCACAAGUUCGAUGCUUAGUAGUGAUUUGGACACCCGUGCAAUGGUCAAUCAACCUUUCUCCUAUAACGAAGAAGACUACGACAAUAUCUUGGCUCCUCUGUCUCCCGACCCUGAUUUCGACAUUAACAAUCAGAAUUUUUUAAAUUACGUCACGGAUUUCGAAGGCCUCAGGAGAGAGGAUGGUGGAGGUACUCACUAGUAAAUAAGUUUAUUCAAAUUAUCAAGUACAAUAUCAAAU